AUGGAGGAUUCUAAUCUGGCUAUAAACAAUAUCAGGGACUUCCUCACCCAGCUCCCGAAACUCGCCAAAUGCGAGUACAACGAAACCACUAGUUAUCUGCUAUGGAAAACUUUGAAUCUACGCCUUAAGAAUAAUGAUAACCAUGUCGAUUGGCCCUCUCUCGUCUCCAUCCUCAAUUCCGAGGCUUGGACAAGUGAAGCGUAUAGAGACAUACUAAAUGGCAAACAGUGGAAAACACUAGAGUUCGAGAGUGACCAUCGCCCACUAGAUAACAUACACACAGGAACAGCAUGCACACGUUUAUGUUUCCCCUCUGAGACAGUCUACUACUGUUUUACAUGCUCUACGAAUCCACUAUAUGAAAUCUGCGAACUUUGUUUUGAUAAAGGAAAACACAUGAAUCAUUCUUAUGUAGCCAAAGUGGUUAUGCGCCCGGAAGGCAGAAUAUGCCAUUGUGGUGAUCCCUUUGCCUUCAAUGAUCCAAGUCUAGCAUUCAAAUGCAUGAACGAACUGAAUAAUGUUUCUGGUUUUAGUGAAACUAAUGACGAUAUUGAUGACGAAAACGUUGUUUCCUUAUUGAAUUAUGUACUGGAUUUUUUAAUUGAUGUAACGGUUUGCUACAAGGAGGAGGCAGAAACCAACUCUGGUGAGAUAAAAACAUCUUCCCCCAGGAAUCCUGUCAACGAUGACACAACGGAUAAUCAAGAAUACGAAUCGUUGGUCAACGAUGACAAUUCUGCAUUUUUUGACAGCAAUUGGUCUAAUACAAAGAAAGAGCCCCGCGAGGAAUGGGCUAUCCAAAUCGAGGACGAAGAGUGUAACGUACACUAUAUGGACCUAGCGUCUAUAAUAACCAAAACAUUGAACGUGCCUAUUGAGUAUGCCAUUUCUAUUACCAGGGCUCUAGAAGACUCCCAUGAUGUAGUAACUGUGCUCCAAGGUGAAAACUUUUUUGAAAUGAAUAGAAUAGCUGAAGGGUUUCAGAAGGAAAACAUAAAAGUUUACGUACGGAAAAUGAGUGAUAUAUUUAAUAGAAAACUAACAGACGAUUUAACGAACUGGCUGUACUCUAUGUGCUUCAAGUCGACCGAAUCAUUGCAAAUUAAAUAUUUUCUUCGGAUUUCCAUGCUCGAUGUUUGGUAUUCGCACUUUUCUAAAAUGAGAGCUAGUCCUUCAAACUCAAACCCUGAUUUCUCUAAAAUAAACUUAUUAGGUGGAUUUCUACUAUCGAAUGAAGAUAGUAAUGGGUCCUGGUUCAAACCUUGGCCACUAGAACAUAUAAACGAUGAGAAAAUCUCGAAAAUAUUAACCAAAUACAAUGAUAGAUUAACCAAUGCACAUUCGCCGAACUCGGUGAGUCAUUUUUACAGUUUUUAUGGAUCAAGAUUCCAAUAUAUCAUUAUAAAUUCCAUUAACAUUCUGUCGAGAAAGUCCAAGUUCAAAAUGUUAAAGAUCAUAACGUCAUUAUUUUCCUUAAGGGAUGAGAGUAGAAAAUUUCUUGCCGCUCAGUAUAUCGACAUUUAUCUCUCCGUUCUCUAUGAUGCCGUGGCUUCAGACGCUAAAGAAUGCCAGGUAACUCUAAUGAGUCUCUUGGGACAAUACACUUUCCAAGACCCCAGCAUAGCAAAUAUGACUAUAAGCUCUGGAUUUAUCGAAAGAACCAUCAGGUUCGCCUUUACUCUCAUGGCAUUCAAUCCGGAAGACUUGAUGUCAUACUUACCUAUAUCUUUAUACAAUGGGUUCAAAUUACCUACCGAAACCAUACGAAACCGGAGAACAAUCAUUUGCUUCAAAGAUCUUUGUACGAUUAUGUCAGCAAACACAGUUCCAGAAGAGCUUCUAUCGAACGACGCGAUUUUCAAUGCAAUAAUUGAAUCCUUUUCUGAAUUCAAUAAUGUGCUUCCUUUAAAAAGGGAAACCAAAGAACAUGUGGAAGUUGAAAAUUUUGACUUCUCUGCGUUCUAUUUCUUUUUUUCGUCGAUUUUAAUUAUGACAGAUGGCUACGUACGUAGUAUAUCGUUGGUAAAAGACGCGACUUUCCGUAAACAUAUUGUUCUCAAGCUAUUGGAUGUUGCUCAGAAUAGGGAAUUUGAGUCGUUAACUCACUCAAGAAAGGCCAUAGCAUCUGAUAACAUAUCAACUAGUGAAACUGACACCAACAAAGCAAGUUUGUCUACUGUUAGAGAAACUAUAUGUAACUACGUUGCAGAAACGAUCGAUUACCAAGUGGGGGUGAACACACAAUAUUUUUUCAAUCCAAUGUCGUAUUUAUUCAAGUUCGUCAUUCAAUGGAGCCAAUGUGGUAGAUAUGAGCCUCUUCCUACAUAUUUAACAAACUACAUUGAUUUGUACGAGGUUUUCCAAGAUAAGCAGAAAGCUUUGCACAUAUCAGAAUCGGCUUUAUCUACCCUGGUUCUGAUCGGGCAAAUCAAUGUCGGCUUUUGGGUAAGAAAUGGUACUCCAAUCACUCACCAGGCCAGGAUGUAUACGAAAUACAGCAUGAGAGAGUUCACUUACGUUAGUGACAUCUUUAAUGUCCAAUUCAGCAUGGCAAUGUGUAAUCCUGAUGAACUAAUGGUUACAUAUCUUUCAAGAUGGGGAUUAAAACAUUGGGCAAAUGGUGUACCAAUGUACGAUUAUCCUGAUGCAGAAACUACCAUAGCUGUUGUCAAUGAAUGUAUUUUGUUACUGAUUCAAUUGCUCACAGAAGUGAGGUCGUUGGUCAUGAAAUCCUCUAAAGAGGGGUUUGAAAGAACAUUCAAGUCAGAGAUUAUUCACGCCCUCUGCUUUGACACAUGCUCUUACGCACAAAUUAACAAUUGCAUUCCCGAGCAUAUUACCAAGCACCCUUCAUUUGACAUAUAUCUUGAAAAAUACGCCAACUAUAUUCCUCCAAUAAGUUUAACUGACAACGGGACUUUUUCAUUGAAAGAAAAGUACAAAGACGAGAUUGAUCCUUAUUAUAUAGGACUCUCUUCUAGUAGAAGGUAUGAUGUAGAGAAAAAUAUCAGGCUGAACAUGGCCAAUUUGAAGAAAAUGAAAUAUGAAGACACUUUUGUACCAGCGAAAAAAGUCAAGGAUUUAUUAAAGAGCACUUUCUAUUCAGGACUUUACUCAAUAUCGUCAGCAAACACCUUUGGCUUGUUUUUAAAAAAUACACUUGAGCAUAUCAUCAAAUAUGAUUACGACCACUUACUACCAAGAGUUGUCCAUUUGAUACAUUUAUGCGUGGUUAAUAACCUAAAUGAAUUCAUGGGAAUAUUGUGGCAUGAAUAUGCAAUUGUAGACACAGAGUUUUGCCAUUACCACAGCAUUGGUUCUAUACUGUAUUACUGUCUGUUGAAGGAUACUUUUUCAGACUCGCAUGGCAAGAUCAGGGAAAUUUUUAGAUACCUAAUGGAAACAGCGCCUCAUGUCAAUGUAAGCAGUUAUUUAAAGGAACAAACUACUUCGUAUACGCCGGGUAUACUAUGGCCCACGAAGGAAGAUAAGAGUCACAAGGAUAAAGAAUUUGAAAGAAAAAAGCAUCUUGCUAGAUUAAGAAGAAAAAAAAUAAUGAAGAAGCUAGCUCAACAGCAAUUAAAAUUUAUGGAAAACAAUAGCGUGGACACUUCUGAAAUCAGUACACCCAGGACUAUGUCACCUAGUUUAUCGCCUUCUAGGGUAGAUAUAGAUAAUAAUAACAAGUCAAUGAGUAGUUGCUGUGACGAUGACUGUGCAUUUUGCAAGAUGUCAAAGGACGAUGAUGUUUUUGUUUACUUUUCUUAUCAAGAACGAAACAUAUGUGAUCAUGGUAUUGAUUUCACAAAUCCGCCAGACAUUAACAGAAUAAGUUCCCAGCUUAGCGGUAAGCAUCCAAGAAACAGUAUGAUUCAGGAAGACACGUAUGAAGAUGAUGUAUCGAGAUUAAAAUUGACCAGGUGUGAACCAGUAUUAAGAGCAUGUGGACACGGAUCUCAUAUCAAAUGUUUAAGUGGCCAUAUGAAAUCUAUUCGUGGUAUACAAAACCAAACCACAAAAAACAUUCCAUUAUCUUAUGGUUCAGGGCUAAUAUAUUGUCCCGUUUGCAAUUCCUUAAGUAAUUCAUUUCUACCGAAACUGAAUGACCCUAACAAGAAAGCAGCUAACGCUUUUUUCGAGUGUACUAAGGAUCAUAAAGAUAACAUAGAGGAAGAUGUUGAACUGUUGAGCUCUAUUUGUAUUAAAGCAGCAAUGAUCUUUAGUGAUCUACAAGGAGUAAAAGUCACUACUAUCGAUGAUGCAUAUAAAGUUGUUAAUAAUGUUUUAAUCAACACCGUAGCAAAUACAGAGCUGAGACUAAGGUCUUAUAGGGAACAUGGAAAAAUAGUGGACUUGAACAAGAUAUCCAGUCAAUGCGUUUUGACCUUACGACUACUUUGUGAACUGAAAUCGUUCCUUCAUAAGCAAUGCGUCGAGUUAAAAACAUUUGUCGACGAAAUCCCUAGUAAAAUAUGGAAUUGGAACGAAUUUUUAAUAGAAGGUAAUAAUAUGGAUUUGCUCCUGUAUAUGAGCCAAAAUUUCGAUAAUACUGAUCGAGAAAGGAUCGCGCAACCACCCACCCUUUGCGUUUAUGAAAUGUUCAAGAGAAGGUUUCACCAACUUUUACUUCUACUUGCAAGAGAUAUGAUGAGAGUAAAUUUUUACAAGGACUGCCAAAAUAAAAUCAAGCUAUCAUCAAAUCGAUCCGGCGAGCCACACACAAGUAUGUUGUAUUUAUUUGAGACUUUUAAAAAGUACAUUGACCUUUUCAAACCAGACGACAUUGAGUUUGAUGUUACGAGCUUAGAAAAGAGCAAAAACUUUAUAUGCUCGUUGUUACUAGAGUCGUUAACCAUCUUUUGUAGGAAAACGUACUUACUAUUUCGUAUCCAGUACGAAGAUGAUGACAACGAUGGCGACAGCACGACUAAACAAGAUGAAAUAGAGCAAAUCUUCCAUUAUUUCAAAUUACCCAAUUUAGCUCAUUUCCUGAAGGAUUUUUUCUAUAACGAAUUAACUCAAAACAUCGAAAGAUACAACGAUGGUAACGAUAACUUAAGAAUCCAAAAAGUCAUAUAUGACAUGGUGCAGAAUAUAAACUCAAGAUCAUACCCGUCCCCAGAAAAAAUUCAACUAAUCAAACUCCCGGUAAAUCUCUCCAAGUUUUCCCUUGACAACGACGAAAUAUCGAAUAAAUGUGAUAAAUACGAAACCGGAGUGUGUUUAUUGUGCGGCCAAAGAUGUCAUAUCCAAAAAAGCAUAGCACUACAAGGUUACUUACAGGGAGAAUGUACUGACCACAUGAAAAAUGGAUGCGAAAUCACGUCUUCCUACGGGGUUUUCUUAAUGACCAGGACAAACGCUAUAUAUCUGUCAUACGGCAAAAGAGGUACGUUUUAUGCAGCACCCUAUCUGAGCAAGUACGGAGAGACCAACGAAGACUACAAAUUCAGUACCCCUGUCUAUUUGAAUCAGGCCAGAUACGAGUAUCUGGCCAAUGAGAUUGUUUUCGGCAACAUGAUCCCGCACAUAGUGUUCCGACUAACAGACGGUAAUGCAGAUCUCGGUGGAUGGGAGACCAUGUAG